GUCACCCAAACAUAUCACAGUCUGGCACUGCAAGGACUCAGACAGAAGCAACAGAAAAUGUGAAGGAAGUGCGCCGGGGAGGGGCCUUUUGUCUGGAAGAAAUAGAAUAACUAUCUAACAGCGUUUUUUUAUCCCGUGCGACACGGAAAAGUCCGGCACGGCCACGACCAGGAACAUCCAUUUUCUGUCGGGAAACAAAGGAGUGUAUGUUUUUUUGGAGCUCCUGUGGACAACGGGGUUUUCUCUCCCCUCAGCUGCUCUGGUUUAUAUGCACAGACCUCUCCCUUUCUUUAUCAGGCCUUUUCUUUUUCCCACCUCCCUUUAGCCUUUAUCCUUUCUCACUGCAAAGAUGCCCAGCUCUGUCUUCACGGACAACAGCGUCCAGGGAGGAGCCCUGCAGAUCGCCUUAGAUCAGCUGUCCCUGCUCGGCUUGGACACCGAGGAGGAGAACCCCCUGUUCGACGAGCAGGAGUCCCAGAGAAAGAGCGUCAACAUGACCGAGUGCGUCCCGGUGCCCAGCUCCGAGCAUGUGGCGGAGAUUGUUGGCAGACAGGGUUGCAAGAUCAAAGCCCUGCGAGCAAAGACCAACACCUACAUCAAGACCCCCGUUCGAGGUGAAGAGCCUAUGUUUUUGGUGACAGGCAGGAGGGAGGAUGUUGCUAUGGCCAGGAGGGAAAUCAUCUCUGCUGCAGAGCACUUCUCAAUGAUUAGAGCCUCUAGGAACAAAAACACCAGCCCAAACCAAAGUGGUACCCCAGUCCCCGGACCACCAAACCUGCCUGGACAGACCACAAUUCAGGUUCGGGUGCCCUACCGUGUGGUUGGACUUGUUGUUGGCCCAAAAGGUGCCACCAUCAAGCGCAUUCAACAGCAGAGCCAUACCUACAUAGUCACACCCAGUCGAGACAAAGAGCCGGUGUUCGAGGUCACAGGGAUGCCAGAGAAUGUUGAUAGAGCACGUGAAGAGAUUGAAGCCCACAUUGCCAUGAGGACAGGAGGACUUAUUGAGGUCCAAGAUGACAAUGACUUCCAUGCAAAUGGGACAGAUGUUGGUUUUGAUCUGCAUGGGCAUGCCAAUCUGUGGUCUAAGUCCAGCAAUGGAAUGAAGCCCACCUCUAUACGUAAACCCUUCUCUAACUACCGCAAUGACUCGUCCUCCUCUCUAGGCAGUGCCUCCACUGACUCUUACUUUGGUAACAACAGCUCUCGCAUGACUGACUACAGCCCUCCGAGCCCUGCCCUAAGUUACACCACCCCAAACAACAACAAUAUCACCAAUGGCAACACAAACAGCGACUCUUUUGUUUACGGAAGUGAAGUGAUUUCACCUGAGUACAGUGAUCAGACUUUUGACUCUUCACAAACAGCAACAGCCCUCCUGUGGUCCCAUUAUGAAUGUGGCAUCACCCCAUCUUCCACCUCGGCUGUGUUUCCCGACAACACCCCCACCAAUGGUUUAGGGGUUAAUGGUUGUACCCCACAGCUAAGAAUGUCGCCCCCCAUCCACAGCCACACUAGAGUCUCCACUGAGCACCCACUUGCCCGAAGGGUGCGCAGUGAUCCAGGAGGAGGCCCACUCAGUUUCAUCGGUUACUCCAUCGCUAUUGCCUCCCCACAUGGCUCUCAUCUCCAUGGCGUUGCAUUUGACUCCUCUGCCUCCUCUUCCUCUUCUUCCUCCUCUACAUCAUCCUGCACCAGCCGAAAAGGCAGUCGUGAUUGUUCAGUGUGCUUUGAGAGUGAGGUCAUCGCAGCCCUGGUUCCUUGUGGACACAAUCUUUUCUGUAUGGAAUGUGCCAACCGUAUCUGUGAGAGGAGUGAAGCCAAAUGUCCUAUCUGCCACGCCGCUGUUACUCAGGCUAUACGUAUAUUGUCAUAAGAAUAUGUCACUCUAUGAAUUGUUUCAUAAGUAAGACCAAAAGACUCUUCAUACUGCUUUAAUAAGCUCAGCCAAUCAUCACUUUGCUUUGUUCAUAGGUGUACGCAUGUAAAGAAAAGGAUGGCAUCUUAUUUUGGCUCUCAUCAUAUCCUGUAUGGAUGGGGAAUUAUUCUCAACAUCUAAGUGCAUGUUUAAGAUAUAACAGCAUAGUAACCAAUAGUUCUAAUACAUUUGUAAGACAACACUGUGGGCUCAAGAUGGAGGUACUCUGAACAAACUUUAGAUUGUUAGCAGGCCGAGCCUUCCUGUUUUUCCCAGGAAUAGAAGUGAAAGGGAAGACAUGCUGGGAAACAUGGAUGGUUCCAGCAAACAUGACUAUUGAACCUACAGAGAUACUGCAACCAGAAAUCAGAAACCACAUGAAGGACGACAGCAUAUCCUACAUUUAUGUUUCAUAUAUAUCAAUUUCUGCAAUUUGAACCUUUUAAAUGGAAUUGAUACAGAUUGAAGUAUUAUAUUAUCUUUUUUUUACUUGAAAGAUUAUAUUUCUUAUUGCAAAAUUGUUUACAGAUAUAAUUUAAGGUGAGUGAACUUUUUGUAGCUGGGAUGAAAUAUUUCUAUUUUUUUUUAGUAUGGUGUAAUGGCAAUGCAUUAUUUUAAUACCCCAUAACCGUGGAAGGAAAUCGAAUUCUGCAAAAUGUGAUUGCAUUGGACAAUAUUCUGUCUCGAUGUAGUUUUUAAAGGUUUGACUAGACAUGUCUUUUGAAACUGCUUCACCCAGCAUAUUUUUAUCUAGUAACAAAAAGCAUAUUUUAUUCUAUAUUAUUGUAAACAUUGAACAUGAGUGAAAUUUGUGAGUUGAACAUGAAAAAAGCAUUUUGGGCUUUCUUAAAUUUGUAUGAAUUAGAUUCUAGUUGGAUUUACAGGCUUUUGUUGUGCCACUACAAUUUUAGUAUUUCUAUUUUAAUAAGUUUGUUUACCACUUGUUUAUGUAUAUGUUGGUUAAGUUUACUUAAGUGUAUAUGUACUUUAUUAAGCAAAGUUUAAGAACAAAGUAUAUUUUAUUUUAUGAUAAAGGGCCUUUCACCUCAUGAUCAAAUUUUAAUAUUAUAUUUGCUGAAACAAGAUUUGAAAUGUAUGGAGAGUUAUAUUUUUUUGACAUUUAAAGUAAAACUUUGUUUAUGGUGCUACUUCACAUUUUUUAAAGUGUUUCUUUAUAAGUCCAAUAAAAAAUGGAAUGUUCA